GCCCCGCCGUGAGUUCUCAGUGCGGGCGACAGCGCUGCUGAACAUGGCGUCAGACGGGGUGAUUUUAACAAACCACGACCACCAAAUCCGUGUCGGAGUCUUGACAGUGAGUGACAGCUGUUUUAGGAACCUGGCAGAGGACCGCAGUGGAAUCAACCUCAAAGAUCUGGUGCACGACCCCUCCCUGCUGGGUGGCUUUAUUUCAGCCUAUAAGAUCGUGCCAGAUGAAAUUGAUGAGAUUAAGGAGACUCUGGUGGACUGGUGUGAUGAGAAAGAACUCAAUCUCAUCUUGACAACCGGGGGGACCGGCUUCGCUCCCCGUGAUGUCACACCUGAGGCUACAAGAGAGGUGAUAGAGCGGGAGGCUCCAGGGAUGUCUCUGGCCAUGCUGAUGGGUUCUCUCAACGUCACACCACUAGGCAUGCUCUCCAGACCCGUGUGCGGCAUCCGUGGCAAGACACUUAUCAUUAACUUACCAGGAAGCAAGAAGGGUUCACAGGAGUGUUUCCAGUUCAUCCUGCCCGCGCUGCCCCACGCCAUUGACCUGCUCCGGGACGCCGUGGUCAAGGUGAAGGAGGCAGUGGACGAGCUGGAGGACCUCCCCUCGCCCCCGCCUCCCCUCUCACCGCCCCCCAAUAGCUCGCCGCGGCGCCAGACGGAGGACAAGGGCGUGCAGUGCGAGGAGGAGGACGAUGAGAAGAAGGACAGCGGUGUGGCGUCCACUGAGGACUCCUCGUCCUCGCACAUCACCGCCGCCUCCAUCGCCGCCAAGAUCCCAGAUAGCAUCAUCUCCAGGGGUGUCCAGGUCCUCCCCAGAGACACAGCCUCUCUGAGCACCACGCCCUCUGAGUCGCCCCGUGCCCAGGCCACCUCGCGCCUCUCCACCGCCUCCUGCCCCACGCCCAAAGUGCAGUCACGAUACAGCAGCAAAGAAAACAUCCUAAGAUCAAGUCACAGUGCAGUGGACAUCACCAAGGUGGCCCGGAGACACCGCAUGUCCCCGUUCCCCCUCACCUCCAUGGACAAGGCCUUCAUCACUGUGCUAGAGAUGACCGCCAUCCUGGGUACUGAGAUCAUCAACUACAGAGAUGGGAUGGGUCGAGUCCUGGCUCAGGACGUUUAUGCCAAAGACAACCUGCCCCCGUUCCCCGCCUCUGUCAAGGAUGGUUAUGCAGUAAGAGCGGCUGAUGGUCCAGGUGACCGUUUCAUCAUCGGAGAAUCCCAGGCUGGAGAACAGCCCACCCAUACAGUGAUGCCAGGCCAGGUGAUGAGGGUGACGACGGGAGCUCCUAUCCCCUGUGGGGCGGACGCUGUGGUACAGGUGGAGGACACAGAGCUGCUCCGCGAGUCUGAGGACGGCACAGAGGAGCUGGAGGUGCGGAUCCUCGUCCAGGCCCGUCCAGGACAGGACAUCAGGCCCAUAGGUCAUGACAUCAAGCGUGGGGAAUGUGUCCUGUCCAAGGGAACCCACAUGGGCCCCUCUGAGAUUGGCUUGCUGGCCACCGUAGGGGUCACCGAGGUGGAGGUGCAGAAGUUCCCCGUGGUGGCUGUCAUGUCCACAGGCAACGAGCUGUUGAACCCAGAGGACGACCUCCAUCCAGGGAAGAUCAGGGAUAGUAACCGCUCCACGCUGCUCGCUACCAUCCAGGAGCACGGAUAUCCCACCAUCAACCUGGGCAUCGUGGGAGACAACCCAGAUGACCUCCUGAACGCCCUGAACGAGGGCAUCAGCCGUGCUGACGUAAUCAUCACCUCUGGAGGGGUGUCUAUGGGAGAGAAGGUAUGUGAGCAAAUCGACUAUCUGAAACAGGUGCUGGAUAUUGAUCUGCAUGCUCAGAUCCACUUUGGACGAGUCUUCAUGAAACCAGGUCUCCCGACAACAUUCGCCACGUUGGAUAUGGACGGCGCUCGCAAACUCAUCUUUGCCCUCCCAGGUAGUAAUCCCGUGUCUGCCGUGGUGACAUGUAACCUCUUUGUUAUCCCCGCCUUAAGGAAGAUGCAGGGGAUCCUGGACCCACGGCCCACCAUCAUCAAAGCCAGGUUGUCAUGUGACGUAAAGUUGGAUCCUCGCCCUGAGUACCACCGCUGCAUUCUGACAUGGCACCACCAGGAGCCUCUGCCAUGGGCACAGAGCACAGGUAACCAGGUGAGCAGCAGGCUGAUGAGCAUGCGCAGCGCCAAUGGUCUCCUGAUGCUACCUCCAAAAACAGAGCAAUAUGUGGAGCUGCACAAGGGAGAGGUGGUCGACGUCAUGGUCAUCGGCCGGCUAUGAUGUCAUCAAAGGGGGACGUUGAGAUGGCUUCAUAGAGAGAGAGGGUUCAAAUGGGUGUUUCACGGUGCAUGUCCACAUAUCAUUGACUAUUCUGUAAUAUGCAACGGCACAGCUAGUUUUUAUUGAUUUGGAUAACGUUGAGGUAUAGUCAACAUCUCGAUCACAAAGCUAGGUACAUAUGAUACAAAAAAUAUAUAAUUACUUUAAAAAGAUUAUAAUAGUAUUUCAGACAAAGAAAAAUAUAACUUUUAAAGAAAAAAAUCGAAUUAUCAAAAGAGAUUUAUUCUGUAAUAUAUUAUUAUGAUUAUUCGUAUUAUUGUUAUCAUUAUUCUUCUUAUUAUCAUUAUUAUAUUAUAAAUCAACUUAAUUCCUUUCAUUGCAAUUGCUUUGUGUGUUCAAUGCUAGAUCUUAUCGAUAUCGGUAGCAUUUUAAUAGAGCUGUAGGUGCCUGCCAGGACAAAAAAAUAAAUAAAUAUAUAUAUAUAUAUAUUAUUUUCUCAUCUUUAGUGGGGGAAAAAUGUUUGUUUUUUUAAAUAUAAAGAAAAACAAUGAGGAAGACUCCAGAUUUCCCACGGUGCUCGGUUAAGAGGAAGGAGGGGAGGGCAUAAUCUAGGUCUACUUUCUCUGUGGUGUGACGCUUUAACGGUGACGCCACACACUUCUAUUUUUCUCUCGUUAUAGUAUGCAUCAUAAUGGCUUCACAAAGAGCUUUGCUUGUUGUUUAUCUUGUGAGUCUUGUUUAUGUGCGCAGUGCCAAAUGCCUGGGCAGGGACGAUGGUGGUGAUAGGAGGGAAGGGGGCAGUCACCAACCAACCUGCCCAGACCCUGAAGCUUCCUUAUUUAUCAUCUGGCCAGGUGCAACUCUGCGCCCGAACCCCCUGGGGGCGUGGUCACCCGUGAAAAACAAAAACUUUUAUUUGAUUGACUAAGAGUAAGGGGGAAAAAAACAUGAAAUAAAAUAAACAGCUUCUUUUAAGUGCUGACAGCCUUUUUAACUGACUUCACAAAAAAAUGUACAGAUAAAAAAAAAUGCGAAGAAGAUGAACCAUAUUGUACAGAUAUAUGUGACCAGCACUCCUAAGGAAAUUAUUAUUAUUAAGCAAUGAAGAGACAUUGAACAACGCUGUACUAUAAUACAUUUUCCGUAAUGAUAUGAAACUGAUGAAAGAGACUACGAUAAUAAAAAUCCUUGAUCAUUAUGUAAAAAAAAAAAAUUACAAAAAUUGUUGGGUUUCCUUUUUUCAAAUAAAAACCUAUUCAAAGA